AGCCUGGUAUUUCGUAUAUAUAGAUCUGUCAUCAUCAUCAGAAUCGUCAACAUCGUCAAUCCAUCUGCUCCGGAGUUUAGUGAAUUCUAUUCUUUUUCGCCACGAUGUGAAUUGUCUCUAAAAGCUUUAAAAAUUAGUGAAUUUCGUUCGAAAUUAAAAAAAAAGAAAACGGGAGGCAAUCGAAAGUUCCGUGGUCAAGCACCUUCAAUCUCGGAACUAGUUAACAUUGCGUUCGCGAUAAAGCUAAGAGUUGAUUUUUUAGUCAUGUCGAACUCCGACGUAGCUGAAUGGUUUCCGACCCAGUGAAUUAACACUGCGCUGGAAUGAGUGGUGAAAAUAUGAGACUAUCCAGUGGAAUAAGUAAGAAGGUGGAUCCGACGGUGAAAUAAAUUGCUGCAAGCAUCCAGUUUGUCAGUAAGAACGACAUGGAGACCAACGAAAUAACGAUGUUCCAACCAGGAGGUGAAGCUGAAGGAAGUUGAUCAUGUUAUGGGCGGUGCGGCUGCCUGGGAAAACGUAGAUUCAAUUGACGCCGAUUGUCCGGCUUGUGCCCAUAAUCGUGCGUAUUUUAUGCAGAUGCAAACUCGUUCGGCAGAUGAACCUAUGACAACGUUCUACAAAUGUUGUAAUCCUACCUGGGGUCAUAAUUGGAGAGAAUAAUUUAAUUUUGAGGAUUGUGCACUAGAUUUGAUAAGCUAUUGAGACUGGAAAGACAUGAUUUUGGCGCGUAAGUUGCCAUCAAUGAAAAGAUUUAGAUUACAUUCAAAAAUGAAGUUAGAGGAAAUGUCUACAAUUGUGACUAGUUCUGUUAUUAACGCCAAUGACGAUCAAGCGAUUCGCCAGGCUGCUAACCUGCUCGAAUCUGGUAAAGUCAUUGCGCUUCCUACUGAUACCGUGUACGGGUUAGCAUGCAGUGCAAACGAUCCCAAUGCUAUUCAAAGACUUUAUGCUAUCAAGGGACGAGAGGAGAAAAAACCAGUGGCUAUAUGCGUUGCGGAUUUCUGCGAUUUUCGAUUUUGGGGACAAGCAGAUCAUCUGCCGGAUAAGUUGCUCGCACAGUUAGUUCCUGGACAUGUAACUCUCAUUGUUCGGAAAUCUGCUAAUCUUGAUAAUCCGUAUCUCAAUCCGGGAGUUGAAAAGAUUGGAAUAAGGAUUCCUGAUUUCGACUUCAUCAGAAAUGUUUCCAGAGAAUUCCGAUUACCGGUGGCACUAACUAGUGCAAAUAAGAGCUCCGAGCAAAGUACAUUAAAUGUUAAAGAGUUCCAGAAACUGUGGCCAGCGCUAGGCGCUGUUUUUGAUGGAGGGCAACUAGGAGUUCAGGAAGAACAACGAACGGCUUCAACAGUUAUUGAUCUGUCGCAGAUUGGUCUGUACAAGGUAAUCCGCGAAGGUGUCGCUGUAGAGCACACAAUUCGAGUGGUCGAGCAAUUUGGCUUUAAAGCAAUAGCACAAUAGUUAAGGAAACAAUGAUAAGUAUUAAAAAUAGAUUAAAUUUGCAAAAUAAAAUGUAAAUGGUUCAUGAGGUCAA